AAAAAAUGCAACAGUCGACUUUUCUCAUUCGUCAGCUGGUUAGCUGACUGGUAGCUCACAGGCUAUCUAGCCAGUUUGCUUUUACGUUUCAUUUCCUUGUCUACCAACGAAUGAGUGGCCGUGGAUCAACAUAACAAGAGCUUGCAUUGGACUUUGACCAGAUAGAGCUUGAUGUGUUAGAAAAAUCAAUGCAUUCAGCAGAACAUUCUCUCGAGUUCCGUUUGAAGAGAGGGAAAGAAAGUAUCGCACACUAUGAUUGUGGAAAACCAAUUGUCAAGAUGACGAGGACGAAUGCAAGAACUACGGCAGUGUGUAUUUAGUAAGCUAGUGUUCGCUAGCUGGGCAAGUGGGCUACCUAUGCAAGCCAGGCGACUUCAUCAAGCCUCAUAAUUAACCCUUAGCCGAUACAGUCACAUCCAACGUGAUUGUUGAAUUGGGAACUAACUUGAAGCCUGGAGUUUCAAAGCCGUGUGAAGUAAAACAAGGGGACAAUCAAACGCAAGACAUCAAACUUAACUCAGGAAUGUCCACAGCCUCCUCCUCCUCUUCAUCAUCCUGAGAUCUCCAGCCCAGUCCGUGGAGCUGUGAGUGCGACCCCCAGCUGAAGUGACCGGGGCAGAAUGCUGCUGCUGCAGGGCUGGCCCCAGCAGUGUGCCUGAGCAAGAGGAGGCAGAGGCUGAGGGAGAGGAUGGGGGUGAAUGCCUCCAGCUACCCACACUCCUGCUCCCCGCGCUUUGGGGGCAACUCCCAGACGCAGCAGACCUUCAUCGGUUCGAGAUGUUUUGCAUUAACAUUUACAGGACAUAAUUAUUUGGAUGGUACGUCAUACUCGCCUCAGGGUUAUGGAUGUGAAGGGAAGCUCUACAGCCUGGAGGGUGGCGGCGGUGCCGGGGGAGGGCCCGGCGAGCGCCCCCAGGACCGCAAGAAGAAGAGCUCGGGCCUCGCCACCCUUAAGCGCCGCUUCAUCAAGCGCCGCAAGUCCAGCCGCUCGGCCGACCACGCGCGCCAGCUCCGCGAGCUCCUGGCCGGCUGGGACGUGCGCGACGCCCACGCGCUGGUGGAGGAGUACGAGGGCACGGCCGCCCUCAAGGAGCUGAGCCUGGCGGCGGGUCUGGCGCGGCCCCACGCGCGCACCCUCCAGCGGGACCUGGCCGAGCUCUACCGGCUGCAGCUGUGCACCGACGUGGAGCUGCUCUUCCAGGACGCCCGCUUCCCCGCCCACCGGGCCCUGCUGGCCGCCAGGUGCCCGUUCCUCGGGUCACUGCUGGCGUCAAGCGGCGUAGCGGUCUCCGGCGGCGGCGUUAGCCCUGGCGUGGGCGCACAGAUGAUCUUGGACGUCGGGGCUGCGGCGGGGGCGGCGGGUGUGGGCAUGGGUAUGGACCCGGGCGUGUUCUCCACGCUGCUCUACUACCUGUACACGGGGGAGCUGGGCGGGGAGGAGACGCGCCUGCGCAGCGGGGAGCUGCUCCUGCGUCUGGGCGAGGAGUUCGGCACGCCCAACUCCCUGGAGGCGGACAUGCGCGUGCUGUGGGAGCGCAUGAGUCACCACGACUCCCUGCUGUGCUUCGCCUCCGACGCCGAGCUGGAGGCCAGCCCCACGGGAGGAGCGCCCGGCGGAGUGGGCGGGGUGCAGACCCCCAUGGGCCCCGGCCCGUCUGUGGCGGCGGCGGCAGCAGCGGCCGUCGCCGCGGCGAUGAUGGGAGAGGAGGAGCUCCGAGCGCACAAGGCCGUCCUCUCCGCCCGCUCGCCGUUCUUCCGGAGCCUUCUGCAGCGACGCACGCGGGCCGGCGCCGGACCGGCCGGGGAGGAGCCGCCAGACCCCCACACGCCACCUCUCCCCACGUGCAUCGUCCUGGACGAGUCCAUCAUCCCCAAGAAGUACGCGCGCGUCAUCCUGCACUGCAUGUACACGGACCGCGUGGAGCUGUCGCUGGUGCUCCGGGGGAGCCCGUCGGCGGGCAGCCUGGGCGAGGUGCAGGCCCUCGUGGCCGGGAGAGGAGGGGGCAUGACCCGCGCCGAGGAGGCCAUGGAGCUCUACCACAUCGCCUUGUUCCUGGAGUUCAGCAUGCUCGCGCAAGGCUGUGAGGACAUCAUAGCGGAGAGCGUCUGCCUGGAGUCUCUGGUGCCCAUCCUGAAGUGGAGCUCGCAGCCCUACGGCUCCAAGUGGGUCCACCGGCAGGCCAUGCACUUCCUGUGCGAGGACUUCAGCCAGGUCGUGACCUCCGACGUGCUGCACGAGCUCAGCAAGGACCAGCUGCUCGCUGCCAUCCAGUCCGACUACCUGCAGGCCAGUGAGCAUGACAUCCUCAAGUACGUGGUGAAGUGGGGCGAACAGCAGCUCAUUAAGAGAAUGGCCGACCGAGAGCCCAACCUGCUGAGUGGCACGGCCCACAGUGUGAACAAGCGCGGGGUGAAGCGGCGGGACCUGGAUGUGGAGGAGCUGAAGGAGAUCCUGUCCCCUCUGCUGCCCUACGUCCGCACCGAGCACAUCCUGCCCCAAAACAGCGAGGUCCUCUCGGACACCAUGAAGCGUGGCCUGAUCAGUACCCCUCCCUCAGACAUGCUCCCCACAGCUGAAGGGGGGAAGGCCAACGCAUGGCUUCGGCAGAAGAGCGCCGGCAUCUACGUGCGCCCCCGCCUCUUCUCUCCCUACGUGGAGGAGGCCAAGGCCAUCCUGGAUGAGAUGAUGGUGGAGCAGACAGACCUGGUGCGCCUGCGGAUGGUGCGCAUGUCCAACGUGCCCGACACGCUCUACAUGGUGACCAAUGCCGUCCCCCAGUGCUGUCACAUGAUCAACCACCAGCAGAUGCCAGGUGGCCAGACGGCCCCGCCCUCCGUGGUGGCCAAUGAGAUACCAGUGCCUCCUCUGUGUGUGGUGCGUAAGAUGAUUCAGCGGAUGCAGGAGCUGAGGCACACGGAGCAGGUGCAGCGGGCGUAUGCCUUAAACUGCGGCGAGGGCGCUACCGUCAGCUACGAGCUGCAGCUCCGCGUCCUCCGAGAGUUCAGCCUCCCCGACGGAGCUGCGGAGCUUCUACAGAACCCUCACAAGUUCUUCCCAGAGGAGCGCUUUGGCGACGAGAGCCCCAUCCUGGCCCUGCGGCAGGUGGGCCGCUGCCGGGUCAACAGCACCCCGGCGGGCGACUCGCUCUACCCAGAGCUGGAGUCCCUGGUGGGCUUCCACCCGCCGCUGCCCCCGCCGCCUCCGCCCUACCACCACCCCAGCGGCACCCCCGCCCACGGCCAGAUGAAGAGCGGCUGGCGGCCCCGCGCCACCUCCCAGCCACCCUCGCGCUCCUUCUCCUACCCCUGCAACCACGCCCUGCUCCAGCGCACACAGCCUCUGGGCCCGCAGGUGCCCAGCCCAGCGUACCCUUCCGCCGCCGGGCACGGCAAGACCCUGAUGCCACCCGACUGCACCAACUUCGCAGUGCCCGGGCGGAGUGUGCAUCCUGACAAGCAGGGGAACAUGGAGCCUGUAAUGAACGAGUUCAUGCCAGACAUCGCCAUGGGGGUGUCUGCUAUGACCCUGAAGGAAUGCCGCAUGCCAGAGGUCAACAUGGAGUUGGAAGGUCACGACCCUCACCCUUUGACUACCGCCUCCAUCCCCCACGGUUACAUAGGACGCCACCCGCACUCCUCUUCCUCCACCUGCUCUGCCUCCCGCAAGCGGCACGCCGCCGAGUCCAAACUCGAGGCUCCGCCCGAUUUCCCCGAUCUGUACGAGCUCUCGGGGCGCUUGGCGAGCGCCACUUAUGCCGGCCCUCCCGACCUCUACAGCCACGGCCGGCCCCCGGUCCCGGGAGCUCCGGCGGGGGCCCUCUCACCCGGCUACGCACCCGACCAGCAGCCCCCGUGCCGGGACUCGGGCCUGCGCCUGGACAUGCUGGAGCAGCCGCCCCAGAGGCUGGACCUCGCUCUGGCCACCCAUGCCGCCCACGCAGCCCACGCCGCCACUGCAGCAGGGCAGGUAGCCGCCCACCGGGCCGGGCGCCCCAAAAACGAGACGGACCUUACCUGCGGCCUGGGUAGCCCCCCGCCACCGCCACCGCCCCCUCAGCCUCCGUGCCCGCCUGAGCCCUACGAGGAGUGGGCGCGCAGGCAGGGCACCGAGGGCACGGCCGGGGCGGCUGAAGACGGGGGCAUCGGCGGGGCAAGGGAACGCAGGUCGCCCAGUAAACCAGAGUACCCUUACAGGAAGUCGGCGCUCUGACGCCCUGCCCCCCCUGGCCACCCACACACACCUCACCCUCACCCUCAGCCAAUGAGGCACGGUAGUGGGGUGUGAAGUGGCUGAGAAUGAGUGUGUGAGAGUUGAACGGGAGCUUUGGUGGAUUGUAAGGAUUGUAACUGCCAAAUGGAGCAGAGCGUAGUCUUCAUGUUGGCCGGCGCCAGUGACCAGUGAGGUCUGACCUGCUUGGGUGAGGUUUGAGGAGCGGUUUGGUUUGGUUUGGUUUGGAGCCCAAAAACACACAUCACUUUUCCCAUAGUUUGUUUUUUCAAUCUAUCAGCCACCACCCACGUCCACUCCAACCCCCUUUCACCCGAUCAUCCACCUCCACCUCUACCCAUAAUCCUCUCUGCUUCAUCCUCAUGUUCUCCAUCUCAUUGUCCCGCGCUCCAAUCUGCCAGCCUUUCAGUCCAGUUGGCUGCCCUUUGCCAGCUGACAAUCAGCAACUUAAAUAAAUGGCUUUAAAAAGUCCCAGAGGUUUAUAAUGAUGCCCCCCCCCCCCCCUCCUCCCCUCUUUCACAUUCUCAUUUCCUGUCCGCCCAACAAGCUUGUCCGUCUAGGAUGAUUACGGAGUUAUAUAUUUAUAUGUGUGCCGGAUUUGCCUCCUUAGAAAUAAAUUGAAAAAUGCCCAGGCAAUGAGUUGCAAACGCACUCCCUCCUGCACUCUGUCCAUGACAAAUAGUCUCCACCACCCCACCUCCCGUCCUCCUCUUCCUUCAGCCCCCCCACCCCCUUUCUUCGCUCUCAGAAGCCUGGCUGGCAGUAAUGGCUCUUGUAAUCCUCGGAAAGCAAGCGGCUGUGCGCAUUAGCACGGGCAAUUUGAGAUUUGGGGAAGAACACAAAAGAGGCAGGCGAAUGAAAUCUGUCCUCCCCACCUUCUCUGCCCGGCGCGCCGUAGGAAUACCAAUGCCAGUGGUGUUGUAUCCGACGGCGCACCAAUGUGACUCCCAAGGGCUGUGGACGUGAGGAAGGCGGAGCGCCGAUAGCCGAGCGGGCCUCUGGAUCAGAUCUGGAACUGGUCUUGCACAGACCAGACCAAACGAGACCAGACUGAACGAGACCAGACCAGACCAGACCGAACGAGUUCCACCAGUGUUGGUGUGCUCCAAGGCUCUUGGCUGUGUCAGAGCCAGGUCUGAUCCAAGGUGAGCUGCUGUCACGCAGCUUUUACCCAGCCAGUCCCACACAACACACACACACACACACA